UGGCACGCAUUCAACAACAACAACAGCAACAACAAAUACAUUAACAGAGUAGGCUGCUGCACUUAGAUACGUUUCGCUUUUGCUUGGACCGAAAUGAAUAUGGCGUACUGGCUUCUGGUUGUGGCCAUGAUGCUGAGUCAACAGACAGUGCCCAGCGCCAGUUGGCAGGCGCGCCUCGAGCCCGAGCUGCUGCAGCUGGAAAUGGAACGCAGCGACGAGGUGCAGCUAACACUGUCCGACAUAGCUGACGAACUGCAGCAGGCGGGCCGCUACAGUUUCCGCCUGCAGAGCGCCGCCGAACAGCUGGCCAGUGUGGCGUCCGAUAAUGCCAGCAUACCCAUGGAGCUGGUGUCGCACAACGGCUGGCAAGGACGCAUUCGCGUGAAUGCCCACUUUCUAGGCGAGGCAAGGAUCACGGUGCGACUGUACGAUGCGGCCAGCAAUAGCAGCUCGCCGCCACACAAUACCGGCAGCAAUGCGAGCUCGUUGCUGGUGAAGGUGGUGCGACCGGAACGCGUCAUCGAUCAUGUCUUCGUGGGCUCCAUAAUCCUGCUGAUGUCGCUGCUGUACAUUAACUUUGGCGCCGCGCUCAAUGUGGAUGUGCUGCAGGGCAUCGUGACGCGUCCGAUUGGACCGUGCAUUGGCUUUGUCACCCAGGUGCUGGGCAUGCCGCUGCUUAGCUAUGCGCUGGGUGUCUUCAUCUUUCCCGGCUCGCCGGCCAUGCAGCUGGGCCUGUUCUUUACGGGCAUUGCGCCGAGCGGCGGCGCCUCCAACACCUGGUCAGCGGUGCUUGGCGGCAACAUUAAUCUGUCCGUGCUGAUGACAACGGUCAGCAAUGUGGCCGCAUUUGCCACCCUGCCGUUGUGGAUAUUCACGCUGGGUCAGCUGAUCUUCGAGCGGGCGGGCAUGGAGGUGCCGUACGACAAGGUUGCCAGCUACUGUGCCAGCCUGAUUGUGCCCCUGCUCAUCGGUUUGGCCAUACAACGUUGGCUGCCACGCUUGGCGCAAGUGUUGGUGCGCCUCCUGAAGCCGAUCUCCGCAUGCCUUAUACUCUUCAUUGUCAUCUUUGCGAUCGUCACCAACUUUUAUCUAUUCCAGCUGUUCUCGUGGCAGAUUGCCGUUGCCGGCCUGGGGCUGCCCGGAUUGGGCUAUGCGGUCGCCUGGCUGGCGUCCAAGCUGUUGCAUCAGAACGCUGUCGAUGCCCUGACCAUUGCCAUUGAGACGGGCAUACAGAAUACGGGCAUUGCCAUAUUCUUUUUGCGCACCACAUUGCCACAGCCGCAGGCGGAUCUCACCACCGUGGUGCCGGUGUCCGUGGCCAUUAUGACGCCGCUGCCUCUACUGGGCAUUUAUUUAUAUCAGCGCUGUUGUCGGCGCAAAGCUGUUGAGCCCAGCGCUGCCGAGCAUCAGCGCAUUAUCUGAAAGCAAGUAAGAGUGCUCUGGUCGGCGGUGUCCGACUAGAAGAUACCCUAAACCCAAAACUCCCAAAAACAGCAGCAGCAGAAGAUACCCUGAACCUAAAUCUCCCAGAAACAGAAGCGACGGCUCGCUUCUUCAAGCCAACAAAUAUAAUUUUUUUUUACCUAUUUUAUUGGUUACUUAAAAAAAACAAAUUAAUUUCACCUGCGUCCCGAUCUUGAUGAGAUUUUAUAAAGAACACAACCUAUUAGCCCUCAGGGAUUUGGGAGUUUUCCGAAAAAUCAAGUAUAUACUUGACCUGUGUAUUCCAUAAAACAAGGCAUGCGGCAAAUUUGAUGGAUUAGCUCCUGAAACCUAAAAGAUUUGCACAAAAACAGGAUUCAAUAUCGAUUUUUAAUCGAUUUCUUGGCUAUCGAUGAUCGAUAACAAACUCUUACGGCGCGCGCACUGCGAGGCCCUGUGUUCUAGCUCUUGCAGGCUCCGAGAUCGACGCAUUUUUACAGACUGACAUACGGAUAAGGCAUGGCUCGUCUCGACCAAGAAUACACAACUUUAUGGGAGUCGGAGCUGCUUUUAUCUGCCUGUUACAGACAAUUUCACAAAACUAUAUUAAACGGGUUCAGGUUAUAUAAGGGGUCCAAUUUUCUAAU